AUGACUGAUUCUAUCUGGAACGAUUUAUGCCAACAACCAGUUAUUACAGCUUCCACCGAAAAAUACAGAACGCUUGUCACGAAUGCAACAACACAAUUGAGGCAACCCAUUGACUCCAUCAUGACAACUCUCAAUGAGCGCGCCAUGGGGUUGUCAAAGUGUGCCAACUUCGAAGCUGCUCUUCGUGAUGCGAAUACCAUGCAACAACUCUCGCCUUUUUCACCACUUGGCUAUUUAUGUGCAGCCAACAUUUGCAAUGAACAAGGAAAACGGGGUCAAGCUGUCGACAUCUGUGACAAGGGACUCAAUGUUGUUGGUAUAAACGACUCAUCGUACGCUAUACUGCAGCUGGUGAAAGAAGAUGCUGAACACCAUGCGAUCAAAUGUGUCGACUUUAUAAAGGAGCUACCUCUUGACAUUGUUACUUCAACGCUCAUUCCAAUGGUGGUGGACGACUUUUGUCUGGAAUCGCUGACGUCAUGCCCCUAUUUGCAUGUGUCCCAUCUAUGGCGUGAUUCUAUUCUUCAAUGUUCGGGAACGUGGCUUUCCGAUUUAUUCAGCAGCAACGACUUUAGCUCUUUGAAGGAGCUAUGCAUUGAUGGCAUUUCCACCGGCUGUGUUCAGGGCUUUGUUCGAUCAUUGCAAUCCAUCGGCAGCACGUUGACGCACGUGACUAUUGAUGAGAAAGACCAUGGCACGCUUUCCAUUCUCGAGAUAUUGACAAGCUGCACCAAUUUGAUUUCUCUUACAAUGUCCCAGCACCAGGUUGGAGAUUUCAGCUCUCUACCAAAGACGACAUGGCCCAAUGUCACAUCAUUAUCUAUUGAAUUCUUAGAAGCGGAGCUUACUGGGGAUCAAGCAAUCAGCCUUGCCAAAUGUUUCCCGUCACUCCAAAAGUUUCAACUUCAAACAUGCACUGAUAUCAAUUCGGCACUUAUGAUCCCUCAAUAUUGCACGUUGUUGAAAAGCGUCGAGCUUGAUAUCUAUUUUUCAUUGGUUGGUGUAUGCUACACGAGUCAAAGCACUGGUUGUGAUGAGCUUGCGAUCACAAAGCUUGGCGUAUACUAUCAAGGUUGGGCCGAAGGUGACCAUCUGGUGGAUAUCGGUUCCAUUCUGAAGCAGCACCAUUCAUCACUUGAGCACGUGGUAUGGGACAUCGCUCCUGAUAUCGACUUUCAUGACCUUGAUGACAUCCAAUACCCAAGGCUCAAGAAACUAUCAUUAUGGAGUUCUGGAUCAUGGUUACCACGUAAGGCGAACAUGGUGGAAGAACUUGAAAUGACAUCCAUGUCAAUCAAUGCUUAUCCUUCCAUGCUUGAUACAAUACCGCCCCGUCUGAAGAAGCUUGAAUUGAUGUUUGCUGUUGGACAUGAACUUGCCGACCAUGACGCCGUUGUACGUUAUAUCCAUGGAGUUGCUCAACAAUGCUUGCUACAUGAACUUUCCAUUCGCUUCAAGAAUCCACAAACCUACGACGAUGUCCUCGAUGCAAUCCCCAUUUUCAACCAGCUUAAACGUCUCAUGAUCGGUGUACGUGGCAAGUGGAAUGCGUAUCAAAUGGAAAGAUUCCUUGACCAGGUUGUGAAUGGUUGCCCUUAUCUACGUUGCCUUGAACUUGAUUGCACGAAUCCUCCAUCGACCUAUUCCUUGGGAUCCUUGAAAAGACUACCACACUUAAAGUCAUUUGCAUUUUCGAUCGAGGACACGGAUGGCUAUGAUAGCUUUUGGUAUGUACUUGGAACCUUUUCGCAACUCAGCUGUAUUCGGCUUCACCCUACCAAAGCACUUACCAAGUCUGUGACGCGACAUCUCAAGGUGCUAAGACGUGGCAUGAAGGUCAUCGUGGAUGAAAGUUUCAAGGGCUUUUGA